AUGGUCGGAACCAUGAAAGAAGAACAUGUGAAACCCAAACGUGGGAGUUUCAUUGCUCUUGGUGGCAUUCUCCCUAAAGUUCCCAUGUAUCGUAAAGACAAGAGUGAUAAAUCGGAGGAACAAGAAGAAGUUGAGGAAGAGCCAGUGCAGGAGGACAAGGAGCACGAUAAACAAGUUGAUCAAGCAGGAGAAUUGCCAGAUUUUCUGGGCGAACGUCACUCUCUUGACGAUGUUGCACCAACCCCUUCAGCUGCAUCGAUAGCUGUAGCUGCUAUUCGUCGUCGUGGGAUGUCUAUUGAACAGACCGCCACGUCACUUUAUCGUCGUAUGAGUGUACGUCAGAAUUCGGCUCCUGAGCCUGUGGAAGAGAUGACAACGUCACUUACAGAAGACAAUGACAGUCCUUUGUCUUUAUCAUCUGAUCCAGACUAUAAAUAUCGACGGGGGAUGUGUGUAGCCACGACGUUUGGCACUGGAACUGUCGUAGACGUCCGUCUGGAUGAUAGUUUAUAUGUGGUGCAAUUAGUCCCUAAAAGUAUCGCCUAUUUGCAAGAAGAGAGUAUCAUUCGAGAAGUGAAAAGUAUUGUGGGAGAGCGAGUCAAGACGCGAUGGGGAAUGGCUACGGUGGAGCAAUACUAUGUCGAGGAAGACAUGUACAGUAUCGCUCUUGAUUGGCGAUGGGAUGAUGAACAUGUGUGGCGUAUGAAGGCCACGACGAAAAAGUUUGAGAAGGUUUAUUCACGUGGAACACUCAUUCAAAACACUAAGAACCGCUUGUUUGAAGGCUACAGCUCGUUACGGGAGAGUGUGGGCUCGAAGCUUAACACGACAACCAUGAGCUUUGGAGUGAACACCAAGAAUGACACGUUGGAGCAGGCAGAUCUUGGCAAGGUACAUACACCGUUUGGUGUUUGCACGGUGCUGGAACUGCGAUCGGAUAAGUUAUUUGUAGUCAAGACACCCUGCGGUGCCACGGCCUAUUUGAGCGCAGAUUCGGUGCGGAUGCUAGAACGACGGACGCAUUUUGCCAGUGGAGAUCGUGUCGACACGCCAUUUGGACCUGGACUUAUUGUGCAUUUCCGUGAAGAUGACGAGAUGUACGCGGUGGAGCUAGAAGUGUCGUCGUCACUUGCUGGUCAAUCGCCAUUACUCUUCAUUAGCGACGUUCAUGCCGAAAGUAACCUGACGCUUGCACCGGCGGCCGCUAAUACGCGCCUGUCUUCGAUUCUAAGCCUCACGCGUACGUCCAUGAUAAAUGCCGGUGAAAGAAUGCGCAGCGCGUCUGUUGCUGCUGGUGGUCUUCCCACGCUUCCAGCCAAUUUGCCUGCAUUGCCGGGCAAUCUUCCUACGCUCUCGAGCGUCAAGGCCAAGGUGUCUACCAUAGCAACGAUUAAGAUGGCCCCGAAAACCAAAUUCCACAAGGGCGAGCGUGUGCUGACCAUAUUUGGGUCUGGAUUUGUUGUGGAAGUCCGUCCACCAGACAAGAUCUACCAUGUUAAUUUGCGCCGGCUUCAGUGCUCGGGUUAUUUCCACGAGGCAAACCUUACGCGAUUCCCAUACGAACGCGUUACGCACUUUGUGGUUGAUGGCCGCACAGUUCCAGCACCGUCUAUUCCGAAGAAUGCGAGUGGUUACAAGCGUCGCGCUGUGAUCACCGCGGCAAUCAAGUCGGCUCGGGAAAGCUACCUUGAACCGAACGUGCCUUCGAAGCCCGAGGAGUCCAAGGUGAAGCCUGAGGGGCAAGCAAGCGCCAUGGCGGCUGCUGAAGCAGCUGUCACCGUGGACACCGCUGCUGCCACCACCGCCCCAGCUGUCACCGUGGACACCGCUGCUGCCACCACCGCCCCAGCUGUCACCGUGGACACAGUUGCUGCCACCACCACCGCAGCUGUCACCGUGGACACAGUUGCUGCCACCACCGCCCCAGCUGUCACCGUGGACACAGUUGCUGCCACCACCACCGCAGCUGUCACCGUGGACACAGUUGCUGCUGCCACCGCCCCAGCUGUCCCGGUUGCGGAAUAA